AUGUUUCUUUACGGAGCUGUUAUGGAAAAGGAUGAAGCAGUCACACCAGCAAGCCCACAGUGGCAGUCCUGUUCCAAGCCAUUGACCCUCCCGCUACCAAGACUCCGGGGCCGACAUUGCCUAUAUAUACACUACGAAGCAAAGGCAUUGAUUUAUGUCUUCACACCAGAGUCAUCACCAUCAACAUCUAAGCAUGAGGGCCGGUGUUUCCCCGAUUCCGCAGAGGGAAUCACUUCAGCCGUCAGGCAAGGCGCCACACAUCUCUGGGCCAACACAAUCGUAUUUUCCUCUCACCCUCUCCAAACAGCUACGAGCCUCGACCGCCACGCUUCAACGCUGAGAGUAGUCGGUCAACCACCGAGUCUGGUCGAGAACUUCGACGACAAACUAUAUCUGAACGACCAGCUCCGCACUCGCAGCGGGUUCACCAUGCCGCAGUCCUGGACGGUCAGCGCAACAGACGACGUACAAAGUCUGGCUCGGUCGAUCCCCUGGUAUCCCCUAGUCGGGAAACCGAUCCGCGGCCGGGGUAGCCACAGGGUGAAAGUAUGCCAGAGCCCAGCGGAGCUGCAGGACCAUGUGAAGGGUCUGCUGGAGGAAUUGCCUCUCGUGAUGCUGGAAGAGCUCCUCGCGGGCGAGGAGGCCACCAUCACGGUGAUGCCGCCGUCCCCGGAUCGGGACGAGUAUUCGAGCAUGCCGCCCAUCACGCGGUUCAAUCAUGCCGAGGGGAUGCGCCAGGAGAUGCGUGAUCCGGCGUAUGCGGAUGUCAUGCGGCCGUGCGAGGAUGUCGCCCGGCUUAUUAUGGCCACGGCACCGAUCCGUUUCGAUGUGCGCCGGUUCUAUGCCUUGUCUGGAUUUGCUAUUUUCGAUAUCAAUAUGAAGCCAAAUAUGACUGGCCCUGGUCGACCUGGCCGUGAAGAUCAGGCCAGCUUGACUGCCCUGGCGGCUACGGCGUGUGGCUGGGACUAUCCCACGCUGCUGCACAGAAUCCUUCGGACUGCGUCGACUUUGGAAACCUUCCGGUCGUAUCGCAGUCCGUUCUAA